CAGUUUGCGCAGCCCUGAAAAUGUCGGCUGGCUGAUAUACGUUUUCUGUUAUCAUGAUAAAAUUGAUUUCUCUUGGUUGUAUUUAAACGCAGUUACUAACCAUCGUGAAUUAUAUUCUAACUGAGACGUGGAUAUUUUGUGCACCGAUCCGACUCUAUAUUGAAUCGAUCGGUUAUAUUAGGAACCAUAAAAAGUAUAUUUGAUUAAUCGGGCGACAAGACCUUAAUGUCAAGCCACUUUGGUAUUGGGAGGGCCGAGGACGUGUGCCAAAAUGAAGAAACUAUUCUCAAAAAUCGACAACACGUCGAAAGAGCCCAGCGGUUAUUUGGGAAAAGUGUUCGUUGUCGGACGACAUACAGUGACCGUCGAGGAAGUUCUUGCAGAAGGUGGAUUCGCCGUAGUCUUCCUAGUCAAAUCUUCAGGUGGUCGAUAUGCCCUUAAACGUAUGUAUGUCAACAAUGAACAUGAUCUCAAUGUUUGCAAGAGAGAGAUACAAAUCGCGAGUAACCUGAGUGGUCACAAGAACAUUAUAGGAUAUGUGGACAGCAGUAUUAGUCACACAGGGGGUGGAGUUCACGAACUUCUGCUCCUUAUGCCGUUUUGCAAAUCUCAAGUUCUUCAAAUGAUGAAUAGCAGAUUACAAACUGGAUUCACUGAACCAGAAGUGCUUCAAAUAUUUUGUGAUGUUUGUGAAGCUGUCUCUCGUUUACAUCAUUGUCAAACGCCUAUUGUUCAUAGAGAUCUUAAGGUGGAAAAUAUACUAUUAGCAGAAACGGGAAAUUAUGUUUUGUGUGAUUUUGGUUCGGCCACGGGAAAAACUCUGAAUCCAAAUGUUCAAGGAGCUUCGACUGUCGAGGAGGAAAUUAAAAAAUACACGACUCUUAGUUAUCGAGCCCCAGAAAUGGUGGAUAUGUAUUGUGGAAAAGCAAUUACUACCAAAGCAGAUAUUUGGGCACUCGGCUGUUUACUUUAUAAGCUGUGCUUUUUUACACUACCAUUUGGAGAAAGUACACUUGCCAUACAAUCUGGAAAUUUUUCUAUUCCCGAUAAUUCAAGGUAUAGCCGAGGACUUCACUCGUUAAUUCGCUAUAUGCUUGAACCUGAUCCAGAUUUACGACCUGAUAUCUAUCAAGUUUCAGUUAUUGCCUUUCAACUUCAAGGCAAAGAAUGUCCAGUACAAAAUUUACAUAAAGUUUCAACGCCAACAGUGGAUAGUUUGCAAUCACCGCCAAUGGAAUCGGAAUGCGUGAAACGUUCGUCAUCGAUAAAAAUCACAAAACCAACUCUCAUCACAGCAACAGUUGAAGGAACAUCGGUGACGCCACGGCAACGACCAAAAGGCCAAGGCGUCACAACAGGUCCAAUUAGUCUUAGUGGACAAAUUGUGGCGCAAAUAUCCGGUCAGGGUAAUCAAUUACCGCCCCAGGGAAAUGCUGUUUCUUAUAUACAAAUUAAUCAACAAAUAACGCCAAUAAAUACACCACAAGCGUCAUUUGUCACUGGAAAUAUUGUACAGCAAAAUAUUUCCGUUAAUUCACAGCAACAAACAUUACAACUGUCAUCGUCAUCGACUCAAUUCAAUCCAGUCUCACCACUUCUUGUCUCACCAAAUCAAAAUGUUGCAACAUUUGGUCAAAAUUCGGCAACACAAUCAUUUAAUCAUUCGCAGAGUCCAUUGAUAAGUCAUUCGCCAUUAACGCAACAAUCACCAGUCACUGUUCAGGAGAAAAAUAAUACAUUUUAUUUUGAUUCAAAACCACUUGAGACGAAGGCAAAUGAUGACAAUCUUGAAGCUCUCUUUCCAGCGUCAGGUUAUCCGGAUCCAUUUAAAGACGAUACUCGAACAAUGCCACCGCCGGCGAAAAUUCCACCGUCGGUUGCACCAAAGCCAGGAGUAACAAAAAUGACCCUUGGAAAUUUAACAAAUUCAGGUCCAACGUCGUUAAUUGGCGGUGCACAAUUAACGGCAAAAUUAACACCGAAUAAAUUAACGAAUACAAUGACACCUCCAAUUUUACCAAAGCCAGUUUCCGUUAAAACCGAAAGUUUAAGUCAAAAUAUUAAUUCAAGCAAUUCGCCGCCUGAUAGUCCAACUUUAAUUUCUUCGAGGCAUCGAAGAAAUGUCAGUGAUACAAGUGCAUUCAAUAAAGUAUUUGCUAAUGAGACAUCGCAAUUUUUGGCUCCUUAUGAGGCUUCGGUGAAACCACGUCAGGACGAUCCUUUGACACCGGAGGUGCCAAUUGAAAUAAAGCCUGUAAUUGGUGCCAGCGCUUCGCAUGUACGUGUUGGGGAGCUUUCAAGUGUCACAGGUAUGGAAAGUCGUUCACUUAGUGCAGAUGUAUCGGCUUGGAAUCCAUUUGAAGAUGCUCAACCAUUUAGUCACCUAACAGAGGAUCAUAUUUUUGGUGCUGAAUUUGAUAAAAUUAGAAGAGGAAGCAAUAGCAGUAUCAGUGGUGUCAAAAGUCGUGAAAGUUUAGUUAUGUCUUACACGGAAGUGCCCGAGGAUCCUUUCGAAUCGGCUCCAUUCAGUUUACCUGCAAGCAAAAAGAAUAAACUGGGAUCAAAGGCGACGGCAAUUGCUGGAGGAGUGAUCAAUGAAGAAAGGGAGAAAAUAUUCACGCACUGGAGUCCGGAAGCGGAAAGCGCCGCUGGAAUUGACGACGAAGCGUCGUUAAUUGCAGAAUCUAGUCCCGUCUCGCCACCAUUUGUGAAAGCGCCAAUCGAAGAUCGUUCGAAAUACGAAAAACUUGCUUUCAACGCCGACGAAGUGUCGAGUGACGACAGCGAUAAGGAAAUCGUCCAACGUAACGUUGAUCGUACCAAAAAGAAGAGACGACGUAUAAAGGGAGUGUUAAAUCGCAGAAAAAAGGAGACCACCCAAGAUUUGAAUAACGCACCAAUUGAAUACGAAUCAGACGAUUCAAUCGGUUCGGCAUCCGAUUUGAAGGCAAUGAACGACGAGGAUUGUAACGGCGACAAUGAGGACGAGAGGGAAAAAAUUGACGAAACAAUAUCCGAGAGUGUGAGAACGUGCGGAAGUUCCGCAUAUCACGCCGAAUGUGAAUCGGUAGCGACCCAUGAGGACGAUCAUCGGUUAAAAAAAUCGAGACGUUAUCAUCAUCAUCAUCGGGAGACUUUACCGACAAUCGAAGCCGAUCCGAUUGUCGGCCAUCAAUACGGAGAGAAGCCACUUUUACUCGACGACGAACUCGAUCCAGAAGCGAAACCAGAGCAAAUUCACGCCGAUCCGUUUGUUGGUCAUCAGUACAAAUAUCAGACAACAUCGAAAUUGAAUGACAGUUCCUCGGAUGAAAAAUCGAAAGUCAAGAAUGGAAUCUGGAGAAUUGAGGAGGACGUCUUCGCUUUGGCGCCUUUCCCAAGAUCGAGUAGUUCGAGAAAAAGUAGCUGUCACAGUCCAAAAAAUCCAAGUAUCAACGAUUCGCCACACAAUUCAACGCCAAUUACAAGCUCGCCGAUUAUUUCCACAACUCUCGUCAACAUUGACGAUGAUGAUAAUGAUAAUUUCGAUCUGGAGAAUAAGGAUCUAUUCGGUUCAUCGCCAUUCACAUUUAAACCAAAUUCAUUCAACAAUAUUGGCACGUACAAUUAUCAAGAAGAGCGACAAGAAUUUUUUCCCGAGAGCUUCAUCACCUCAAUGUCGAAAUUCGGCAGAGUUACCGUUCAAUCCACAUGUCCUGUCAACGAUCAAAAAGAUCUCUUCGGAUCGAUACCAUUCGAGGAAUUGAAUAUUCUGCAAGAACGUCCAAAUUCACUUCCAUUGUCGCAAUCGCCGAAUUUUGUUGACAACGCCUUGACGUCAAUUCUAUCGACGAGCGUGCAAUCGGAACAACAAUUCACACGACAAAUGGAGCACGCGACACGAAUUACAAUCCAGGCGACGAAUAGUGUUUCGAGAACGGAUUUAAAUUCGGAUAUUGUGUCGCCAAUGUCGCCGGAACCAUUGAUGAACGACUCGCCCAAGUAUAAAAAGGAGAAAUUGUCGAAAACGGAUAAGUCGAGAUAUCAUUUGAUUAAUGAGAAUCGAAAUGAUUGUAUUAAUGUUCUGCCGGCGGUGAAAAUUGGACAGAAGAAUAAGGGUUCGAGUUAUAAGAAGACGCCGAAAGGUAAGAAAAGUCCAUCUGUUGCGACGGCGGGUGUUAGUAAUAUGAGUUUUGAGGAUUUUCCGAGUGAUGAGAAUAAUGAUGAUAGACAUACGAGUUCUUCGACGAUUAUGACGCCGUUUGAGGUGAUACGCGAGCCUGAAAAGAGGUUUGGCUCGUUGAAACGGAGAAGUAAUCCGUUCACUUGAGGGCACGUUAGUGGGAAACUGGAUCAAGUUGUUCGGAGAUACGCUGAUGUUUUAUCUGGAAGAAGAUGUAAUAAAUUUCAAUUUUAAGUUUUUUUUUUGUUCUUACGAAUGGAAAAUAGUGGAAGACUUCUUGGGGAGAAAACUCAUUAUUCACGAAUUCGGAACAUAAAAGUGGAAAUCAAAAUCACUUUUUAUAAAAAUUAUUAGUUAGAAUAAUUCCACUAUUAAUAGUACGAUCUUUUAAACAGAAUUUUAUUAGCUCAAUUUAUUAUAAAAAUUAAUAUAUUUAGUUAUUUGAAAAUUCUUCCUCAUAAAAUUCUGUUCAAUAAAUACUCCAACCUAUAAAUUUUAGAUAGAAUUUUAUUAGA